AGCGGCGGCUUCAUUUAUGCACACACCGGCAGCCAGCAGCAGUGUGGGAAUAAUUGUUGUGCAGACCAGACCUGCGGUCGCUCCUUCAAGUCUCUGCCCAGCACCAUGAAAAGUUUCUUGCUCGUCGUGGGCCUCGCGGCCGCCUGUUUGGCCGCCGAAAUCCCCAAGAACAUGAGCAGUGACACCCCCGCGUGGACCUCGCCGCCCCCCAUGGUCAACCUGCGACCUGAGGACCUGCACAAGCCGGAGGUCAGCCUCGGCCCGAUCGCGUCGCACAGCGACUCGCUCUUCCCCGACAUCCACCUCCACCACGAGGGCGACCACCCCCCGAACGUGAGCGUCGCGGCGCCGGCCUACGUCGUCAACGGCACCGAACACGCGAUGGACCAAACCACCACCCCGCAGUCGUACAUCAUGAAGAUCUCGACCACGGGCAAACCCAAGGGCGCCCACGCCGAGCCGCAUCCCGAGCCCGAACCCAGCGCCGAGCCCGAGCCGUCCGCCGAACCCAAGCCUUCAGGGUCAAGCAAGCCGGCGGGAGCGACGACCGCCAAGACGAGCUCCGCGAAGCCCACCCCGCUGCCCAAGACGUCGGCGGCGCCAUCGCUCAGCCCGUCCCUCGCGAUUUUGCUCAGCGUUGCGUCCGCCGCUGUCUCCAGGUUGUGUUGACAGAAGGCUGCACCUGCUGGAGUGUGAUACGCAGAGGGGAGACACGUGUAUACCCCAGAAUCUUGUCAUCGAUUGAAAAUAAUGCACUCGCAACACACACACACACACACAACACACAAAUUAUUAAACUAUCCAAUAAUAAUUGCUGCCAUUUCCAAAACUAUACGAAUGUAUAAUUGUUAAGGUGUUAAGAAAAAAUAAUUCCUUCGUGUAAAUAGAUAAGUCAUUAGAAGAAAAAUUAAUUCUUAGUUAUAUUACUUUAAUUCAAUAAUUUCUACGAAUAAAUUCAUCAGGAAUAAUUUCUACGAAUAAAUUCAUCAGGAAUAAAAUUGUUCACUAAAAAAUGUGGUAAAUCCUAAAACGGAUUUGGUUCAGUCGUUGUAGCAAAAAAGCAAUUCUUCAAGCUUUUCAUAAUAUUUAGGCGAUGAAAUGAUCCAAUUUGUGCGAAAUUUUGUUUCUUUAAUUAAAUCAUACUGUAUUCUUUUGCUGAUGAGAUGAUUGUGGCAAAUGAGUUGUAAGUGGAAAAAUAAAUGUGGUAAAUUUUUAAGAACAAA